GACGCGAAUUGCGCGAAUGAGGCGGCGCGAAUGAAGCGAAUUGCGCGAAUGACGCGAAUUGCGCGAAUGACGCGAAUCGCGCGAAUUGAGCGUUCGAGUGAUUCGCGCUUUUCGCGCGAUUCGCUCGAGUUGAAAAAUCUGAACUUUGGCGAAAAUUCGCGCCGCGUUAACCAAUCAGGAGCUUGCUCUAGCAGUCAGGUGAUUAUGAUGUUCCGAGCGGAGGCCGAAAUCAGAAACCGACAAAAUGGAGGACAAACUCAUAGUUGCUGUCUGUGGACACCCGGAGCUGUACGAUUCUUUUUCCUACUUUUAUAGGAACAGGAAUAAAAAGGAUCUUUCUUGGAAGAAAGUCAGUGUGGAGGUCGGAGAAUCUGAGGAAGUGUGCAGAAAGAAGUGGAAGAGUUUGAGGGACACUUAUUUAAAGGAGAGGAAAAAGGAGACAGAGAAGAGGAGUGGGUCAGCAGCAGGUUCAGUAAAAAAGUGGAAGUACUCUGCGGUCCGGUCUUUCCUCGACCGCUUCGUCUCCCCUCGGGAGACAAGCGGGAAUAUGGAGAGGGGGGAUGCGGAGAAUCAGGCCGCAGGGUACGACCAGCCCGAUGACCAGAGUGAGACAGCAGCAGCAGUAGAGCCGACUGGUUCUUUUGAUGGGAGUGAGCCUGGGUCCCCUCUGUCCGAUACUGCUGCUGCUUCCCCUGUCGCCCCUUCAACAUCUGCUGCUGUACCCAGAGCACCAAGAAGAAGAGCUCUGAAAAGGCCUAUGGAGCAGCCAUCAGAGGUGGAGCGGCAGCUCCUAGAGGCACUACGAACCCGUCCUGUAGCCCCAGCGCCGCCUCCACGCUCAGAGGAUGAGCACUUCCUCUUGAGUCUGGUCCCUUCCCUGGAGAGAUUGCCGCCUCAAAAAAAGGAAUAUGUCAAAUUUCAAAUGCAUAAAUUAAUUUAUGAAAACAGCACAGUUGUGCUUAAUUUGGAACAAUUGGAACCUAUAGAGUAGUUUUAAAUAAAAAAAGAGGCAGCAAUCUCUUCAGGGAAUGAAACAGACUUUCUCUCCUUUCUCCUCUCCUUCACUUUGGCCCUCACUCUUCCCUCUUCCAAGCAAGAUCCUUUUUAUUCCUGAAUGUAAAUAGUUGUAAAUGUUCUUUGUAUAUAGUUUUUAUAUUAUU